AUGGCAACACGAGCAAUGACCCAGCCUCGUCAGUCGACAUUGGGCAGUGACACAGAUAUUAGUGAUGGAAUGACUGAAAUUGAAUUACAGAAAUUGCAACGCCAAUAUAGGAUUAUGGAGGGUGAUCGAAAAGCCUACAGUGAAGAAUCACGCAUUUUAAUCACCAAGCAACGGGCCAACGUGGAGAAAUUAAAGCGUGAUAAUCAACAGCUGCUAGAUCAACUAGCUAUUCUUCAGCAACGAAACGGAGAUCCUCGUAAACGUGAUGCUACUCGAAGAGCAGAGGCUAUGGCUGAACAAGCUGAAAUGUACCAACGCAAAGUUCGCCAAAUUGCUGCUGAAAUCGCAUCUCUGGACGAAUCUAUCAACAACAUGGAUCGCGAAGUCGAUACUCAAAGGAAGAAGCUAGGAGAACGAAGUGGUGUGGGCUCUUUCAACUCUGAAGCUGUCGAUAAGCAAAUUCGAGUUUUGGAAAACCGAUUAGACAAGGCUUUGAUCAAAUACAACAAGGCUUUAACUGCUAACAAGGCUCUACGAUCAACCAUUGACUCUCUACGUCGUGAACGUCUAGUAUUCGACUCUCUUCACCGCAAGUUUGAACGAGAUCUGUUGGAAGAAAAACGCCGUGUAGCUGAAGUUGUUGAAGCUUCAAAUGCAGCUUACGAGGCUCGUGAUGAAGCGCAAGCUAAGAUUGUAGCUCUUCGAGAACGUGCCGAAAAGGAAGGCUCUGCAUACGCUCAAGAAAUCAAGGAACUCGAUCGUGCUUUGGAACAAGACAAGAGGCUCAAAGAGUUCAUGGCUGCCAAGGUUGCUGAACGUAUGAAGGAUGACCAUGGAGGUCGUCGUGCUGGAAAUGACAAGGACCAUCUCCCAGCUAAACUCCCAUCCGCAGAAGCGUUGGCUGAAUCUAUCAAGAUACACGAGAAUGCUCUGACUGAACUUCGUCAAGCUACUGGAUGUGCUGAUGCUAGUGCUCUCGUUGAGCGCUUCCGAGCCUCUGAAGAUGAAUGCUUCUCGCUCUUUGCUUACGUUGCUGAAGUUCACGGUGAAGCUGAACGAGCUGCUGCAGAAGUCGAUGCAGUCCGUGCGGACAUUCGAUCCGUACAAGCUGAUAUGCAAGUUGCUGAAGAAACACGUCAUCAACAAGUUAGUGUCUUGGAGGAACGUCUUCGUAGCUUUGAAGAAAAAUCCAAGCACUAUGAACGUGCUGAACAAGAAUUAGCUGGUGCCGCUGAUGCUUUACGUCGUGGUAUUGAAGGUCUUAUUACAAAACUACCAGCCUUGGAACCACCACAACCAUCCAUUAAAGCAUCACCAAGCAGCAACCUUCCUGACGUUGGUAUUGUGCCAAUCCACGAAUCAGAAGAAGAAGCUGCCAGCCCUACUGAGGCACCAGCAUCACAGGAGAAUGUAGCUCCUUCUACAACCAAUGUAGCCGUACCACCUAAACCACAACGUGCCCCAUCCUCAGAGUUAUUAGAAGCUGGUGCUGCUGUAACAGACGCCACCGUUUUGGCCUUCUUGGCUGCUUUGGAACGACGAGCAAACCAAUUGCUUACUCUCAACUUUUUAUUGUCUCCUCGACGAAUGCCCGUUGUUGGUGCUGACGGUGAACAAAUUGUUCCUCGUGAUGUAUUGAGUGGUAGUGAAAAAGGUGCUGGUCUAUUAGGAGUUGGUCCAUCUGCGCCAUUAGCUACAGUUACCAUUGUUGCUCCUUCCACUGGUGACGAUCACGACUCUGAAGAUGACGAAGACGAAGGUGACGAAAGGCCACUUACUCGAGAAGAGCUAAUGCAAAAGACUAUGCGUGUGUUAUCGAGAAGGGAAAAGUCUGCAGCAGCUGGCGCAACUAAAGUUGGAAGUGGUUCCAAAUCACGUAGAAAGCGCGCUGUCAAGAAGGAAUGA